AUGGAAGGAGUCGAAGACGCGGCGACAAUGAUCAACUUGGCCAACACUCCUCCUCCGCCCUUUCUGAACAAAACCUACGACAUGGUGGACGACCCGUCCACCAACGCCGUCGUUUCCUGGAGCGACGGCAACAACAGCUUCGUCGUUUGGAACGUGCCCGAGUUCUCCAGGGACCUCCUGCCCAAGUAUUUCAAGCACAACAACUUCUCUAGCUUCGUCAGGCAGCUGAAUACUUAUGGUUUUAGAAAGGUUGAUCCAGACCGAUGGGAAUUUGCAAAUGAAGGGUUUCUAAGAGGCCAGAAACACCUUUUGAAGACUGUCAGCAGGCGGAAACCAGCUCAUGCACAGAGUCAUCAACAAGCACCACCUCAAGUGCAGAGCUCUCAGGUUGGGGCAUGUGUUGAGGUGGGAAAUCUUGGGCUGGAGGAAGAGGUCGAAAGACUUAAAAAUGACAAGAACAUUCUUAUGCAGGAACUUGUUAGAUUGAGGCAGAAACAGCAAGCAACAGAUAAUCAGUUACAUAAUGUUGGACAACGUGUGCAGGGAAUGGAGCAGCGGCAGCAGCAAAUGAUGUCAUUUCUUGCAAAGGCUAUGCAUAGUCCUGGAUUUUUAUCCCAGCUUGUACAGCAUCAAAAUGAAAACAACAGGCGAAUCACUGGAAGCAAUAAGAAAAGGAGACUCCCAAGGCAAGAAGAUGAAAUUUUGGUUGGGAAGCUUAGCACCAAAUCUCUCGAUGGACAAAUGGUGAAGUACCAACCUUCAAUGAAUGAAGCAGCAAAAGCAAUGCUGCGGCAGAUCUUGAAGAUGAAUACAUCUCCUAGGCUGGAACCGUCGAUCAAUCCUGAUGCUUUCCUGAUUGACAAUGUUCCUUCUUCUGAUGCAUUAGAAAGCGGUGACACCUCUAACCGGAUUUUGGGCGUGACCUUUUCAGAGGUUCCACCAACUUCUGCGGAGUGUUAUAUGCCCGAAGAAGAGUCUGGAUUUCCUGACAGUUGUCAUUCUACAGCCAUUUCUGAGAUCCAGUGUUCUCCUUAUGCGGUUACCAAUUGUGUUAAAGCAGCUCAAGUUUUGGAAGAGAACAUGCAUAAUUUUCAAGAAGAUGCAGUUAUGCCUGAAUCAACGCAAAUGCAAGGUGGUGUUCCAGAAAGCACUGUAGAAAUCCCCAACGCAAACUUCCUGAGCUCUGAGACUGGGAAUGCAGAAUACAUGGAUAUGUCAGUGGUUUUGGAUGGGACCCUGCCUACAGAAACUGAUGCCUUUUCUCCUGAGCCUGAUGUAGAUGCUUUGCUGGGCUCUAACCUUCCGGGAAUUACUGAUAUCUUCUGGGAACAAUUUCUUCCAGCGAGCCCUCUGACUGGUGAUGUAGAUGAAAUUAAUUUGAGUUCCACUGAUGGGGGGACCACAGAUCAAGAGUUGAAGUUGGCGGAGGAGAAUGGAUGGGACAAAACUCAACAUAUGAAUCAUAUUACUGAACAAAUGGAGCUUCUUGCACCAGGGAGCAGAAUUGGUUGA